UCUAACUCUGCCACUAUUUCCACAUUUCCCCUCACAACACCUUACACUUUCGCGCAUAAAAUCGAAAGGAGAGGAUUCUAGGGUUUCGUUUCGUUUCGUUUCGUUUCGUUUCUACACAUUCAUACGUUCAUAUUCAAUCAGGAUGACAGAAGCAACAGAGGCACCAUUCAGACCACGAGAGAAGCUUAUCGAGAAGCAAAAAUAUUUCCAGAAUAUGCGUAAUCAUACUCACUUGAAAGGGCCCUAUGACAGGAUUACCUCUGUUGCUAUACCCCUUGCUUUUACUGCAGCUUCCCUUUUUAUGAUUGGACGAGGGAUCUAUAAUAUGUCGCAUGGAAUAGGAAAGAAGGAAUGACUUGACUUCUGAUGGAGGAGGUGUUUUGUAAUACAGACCUAACAGAACCUCCUCAUUAUGGCCGUGAUGUUCUUUGCUGCAUCCAUUCUUUUCUCUUAAUAAAAUUGCAUAAUUGCACAGUUUGACCACCAUUGUGGGUUUAUAACUUGAGUGAUAAUGGUUCAUUGUUUGUUUGAUAUAAUCAAUUUUUGACGAAGUGGCUAGUUUUUGCUGGUUUUUUA